AUGUUGAAUGAAUCGUCUCAUCGUUCUGUUAUGAUUACCGGUGAUAAUCCAUUAACUGCUUGUCAUGUUGCUAAAGAAGUUCGUAUUACCACUAAAGAUGUCUUGAUUUUGGAUGCUCCUGAAGAACAUCAUGAAAUUGGUGAAGGUGAUAACUUGGUCUGGAGAAAUGUUUCUGAAUCCGUUAUUAUCCCAUUUAGAUCAUCUGACAAGAUUAAUCUUGAAUUGUUUACCAAGUAUGAUAUCUGUAUCACCGGUUAUGCCUUGAACUAUUUGAGUGACCAUGAACAAAUUUUGGAAUUAUUGAAACACACUUGGGUUUAUGCUAGAGUUUCACCAACUCAAAAGGAAUUUAUUUUGACUUCAUUGAAAGAAGCUGGAUAUAAUACUUUAAUGUGUGGUGAUGGUACUAAUGAUGUUGGUGCUUUGAAACAAGCCAAUAUUGGUGUUGCUUUGUUGAAUGGUACUGAAGAAGGUAUGAAAAAGAUUGCUGAAAAUAGAAAGAUUGAAGCUACUUUGAAAGUUUAUGAAAAACAAGUGCAGAUUUUUACCAAUUGGGGUAAAGUUCCACCACCUGUUCCUCCAGUUAUUGCCCAUUUGUAUCCACCAGGUCCACAAAAUCCAAAAUAUUUGGAAGCUAUGGAAAAGAAGGGGAUUACUAUUACUGAUGAUAUGAGAAAAGCUGUUGCUGCUGCCAUGAAAGAACCAGUUAAAGUUCCUGAAAAGGGGGCUGCUGGUGUUAAUGCUAAUGGUGGUAACAACUUUGCUGAUACCAUUCUUGGUGCCAUGAAUGAUGCUGAGGCUGAAGAUGAAGCACCUGUUUUGAAAUUGGGUGAUGCUUCAGUUGCUGCUCCUUUCACUUCUAAAUUGGCUAAUGUUAGUACUGUUACUCAUAUUAUUCGUCAAGGUCGUUGUGCACUAGUUUCUACUAUUCAAAUGUACAAGAUCUUGGCCUUGAACUGUUUGAUUUCAUCUUAUUCCCUUUCUGUUUUGUAUUUGGCUGGUAUGAAAUUUGGUGAUGGACAAGCUACUAUUUCUGGUAUUUUGUUAUCUGUUUGUUUCUUGUCAAUUUCUCGUGGUAGACCAUUGGAAAAAUUAUCUAAAGAAAGACCACAAGAAGGUAUUUUCAAUAUUUAUAUUAUGGGUUCGAUUUUGGGUCAAUUUGCUAUUCAUAUCAUCACUUUGGUUUAUAUUACUAGAGAAAUUUAUAUUCUUGAACCAAGAGAACCAAGUGUUGAUUUGGAAAAAGAAUUUUCUCCUUCUUUGUUGAAUACUGGUAUGUUUUUGUUACAAUUGGCUCAACAAGUUUCCACGUUUGCUGUUAAUUAUAUUGGUUUACCAUUUAGAGAAAGUAUCACUAGUAACAAAGGGAUGUAUUAUGGUUUAUUGGGUGUUGCAGGUUUGACAUUUGCCUGUUCUACUGAAUUCAUGCCAGAAUUGAAUGAAGUUAUGCAAUUUGUUCCAAUGACUUUUAAUUUUAAAGUUAAGUUAACUGGAUGUAUUAUUUUGGAUUUGGUUGUUACAUUUGCCAUUGAAAAUGUCUUGAAGUAUUUCUUUAUGAAUUCUCAUGCAGCUGAUAUUGCAUUAAGAGAUGGUGAUAAUGAUGAACCUGAAGAAGAAGUUAAAGACUAUAAAGUUAUGGAAGAAGCUAAUUAA